UCUUUACCUAAACAACAGCGUUUUGUCCCAAUAUCUCUAACAUCCAACUCUCGAAUCAAACGCAACAGCUCAAGAAGAGCUUCCACGAUGACGGCUCGAUGCGACGUAGCUACAAAAUCAGCUGAUUCGGUGAACGCAGAGUCUGAUCUUUCGGAAGAGGAGAUCGAAGCGAAGGCAAAGGUAGGAUCUUUGAUCAGAGUGACUGCGCCUUUGAAGGGUUAUCAUGUAAACCCCAUCCCGGAGGUUGAUUUGUAAGUUGUAAGCGACCACUGUGGAGAUAAGGUGGGGACACGUCCUGGGUAGGACCGGACGGGAUGGUGUACCAUUGCCACGAUGGACUCGCACCGCACUCACACGAACCCAUCUACUCUCCUGGUUACUUCAGCUGCCGAGCUCCUUCCCUCAAUGACCGUAACUUCUCUGAGAGAGCUUUAACCGUCGGUAUCGGCGUUCCUGUCGGCACAGGAAACUUUGAGUUUGGUGUCGGGUUGCAAAUGGGCAGUGGGAACUGGGGAAGAUACAGUCUACUUCCGCUGAAACGUCGCUUGUUAUGUUGUCUACUUCAAAUGCUGUGAAAGUGUUUACUGAAGAGCUUGUUCCAGCAAACCCAGAUAUUUUGGAAGGUGUUGCAGACCUUAUACGGCUUAGCUAUUUAAAUUAACCGUCUGUUAUUUAUAACCUUCGUGUCAGAUACUUGGAAGACUGAUAAAGGACCUCAGAAGAAAAGACAGCUUCUUCUCAGGGAGAAGGACCUCAGCCAUUGGGAAAUGUUGUGACCACAGACCUGCUGAGGUUGAUCAAAAAAAAAAAAGACCUGCUGAGAAUCUCGUCUUGUAGAAAGGUGGAUCCUUGUACUGGACCAGAGAAGUUGAUAAGGUCUUGUCCGGCUCUUGAGAGUUUGCAACUCAAAAAGUGUUGUUUGAAUGAUAAAGAAGGGAUGGGAGCUUCUUGGGGCACUAUAUUUUAUCUUCGAUGGAUCCUUGUCCUGGACCAGAGAAGCGUUGGAAGCUUCUUGAUGUUUUAUAUCAAUUAGGUACACUGAUGUUUUGUAUAAAAUGAUAUUAUUGAGAAAAAAUAUUAUUGAUUUUAUUUUUGUUGUGAUGUUUGGAAAACCAAAGUAACAUACUUAUAUUUAUUCGUGGA